GUAUGGACGCUGGGUGUCACAGGUGAAAGAAAAAGACAGAGGAUGCAGUUGAAAGGCCAGAAAUGGCAAUAAGACACAAGAAAGGACUGAAAGGCUCCAUUGAUGAUGUCCUUGGUGAUCUCCUUGGUGAUGACGAUGACAUUCCCCUUAAAUCUAGUAAGCCUGCCUCAUUGGGCAGCAGUGGAGGGAGACCCAGAGGAGUUGCCUCACAGGUCGGCAAAAAGGACUUUCUGGACGAUGACUUCUUCAGCAAAAUGGCUCAUGAGAAAGAGACAGAAGCAGAGGAUCCUGAUAUCUCUGAUGUAGACCCAGAAGCUCUUCUACAAACCCUGAAGGAUAUGGAUGACAUGGAAGCUGAUCUUUUGGGCAUUAAAAAGGCAAGUUCUGGGCCUUCUCAGAAACCUGUGAAGGAUUUGGAGAAAUCUCAGCCUUUAACUGAGCCAAUAAGGUCUGCAAAGAAAACAGCAAUUGAUGAGAAGGGAGAUUCAGUAAGUGGAAUGGAUAAGAAGCCAGUUCCUGCCACGUCUAAACAGCUAAAACCGAAGUUGUCCUUUGAAGAUGUGGAUGACCCUUUGGCAGGCCUUUUGUCCGAUGGGGAAGAGGACGUGGUGAAGAAGGUGUAUUCCCCUGCUACCAAAAGUGCUCCUGAAACUAAUGCUGGCACGUCUAAAGAGAAAGGAACAUCUCUGCCUGGCUAUGCUGCCGCCACUAAACAGAAGAGGGAGGAGCUGAUGUUCGAGGAUGAUGGGAAGGAUCUCAUGGACGCUCUGGGGUUUGGUGACAGCUCCAAGGCUGAGCUGAAAACUGGCAGAAAAAGUGACGAGGGGGAGCCUCGUCCUGCUCGAUCCAUGCUGGAUGAAUUGCUGGGACGAGGAACAGCUACAAAGCUGCUUGAGAGACCAAAGACAGGAGAAACUAAGGAGUUCAAACUGGAUAAGAAAUACAAAAAGCAAGCAGAUAAGGAAGAUAAUUGGGAAGAUGAGUUCACUUUUGGAGCCUACCAACCCACUGUGGCCUUUGCUCCAGAGGGACGGCAGUCAAGACGCCAGUCUGUCAGGUUUUCCUCUGAGAACCUCAGUGAGCUGAAAACAGACCAGAGAUCCAAACCUUCCACCCCAGCAUCUGCUAGCCCCAUCCGCAGCAAGGCUGGAGCUGAUUGGCUGGGACUGAAAGAUGAAGAUUUUGACUCGCCACCUUCUUCUCCACCAAAGGAAUUUGGCAAGGGUGGCCUAAGAGGAGCUGCUCUGGAUAUGUCGUCUAGUCCUUCUGACGAUGAACAUCCCCUUCCAGCAAGGUCUAAGCCAGCAGUUGAAGAAGGAACACAGAAGCCUGAACCCAUGAAAGAUGAGGGUGACAGCUGGCUGAGUAAUGUCUUAUCUCAGAAGAAAUCUCAAGCACAGGAGAAGGUGGAGGAGAAGAGAGCUGAACCCUCAGACCCUGUAAGAUACCGAGAGGAGGUGGCUCCUAUCCCAAUUUCCAGCCACCCUGCUACUUCCACUCAACAGCAGUCACGCGUCCCAGCAAAUAGGGUUGCCACACUGAAAGAACCUGGGCCUUCCAUGACAUUGUUAAAUGCUCCGGAACAAGCUGCUCCUGUUGUUUCAUCCAGUUCUAUGAAAGGAACUCCCUUUGCAGAUACUGUCAAGGCAGCACCUGCAGCCUCUUUGGAAAGAGUUCAAGAAGCGCUUCAGGUUCCAGCACUCACCCAGCUUCUGCACUCAGAACCCCUUGCGUCGAGUUCACCCAGGAGCAGUGAGAAUGCAACAAAAAUGGCCAGUGUGCAGGCGCAACUGCGGGAGACUAUUGCAAGCUACCAGGCAGAGCUCUUGAGCGCCCAGACUCGCCUUGUGGAAUUGGAAGGCCAGGUACGUCGGCUGGAGCUGGAGAAGAAUCAGCAGAAACUGUUGCUGGAAAGUCUGCAGCAGCGUUACCGAGAUGACUUGGAGCUCAUUGAGGAUGCUCACAGGAGCCGCAUGAAGGUGAUUGAGGACUCGUACCGCCAGCGGGAGGAGCGCAUGAAGCAAGAGAACCAGGAGCUGGCGGUGCAGUGCCUCUCCCACUGCCAGAGUGCGGAGCAAGCCAAAUCGGAGCUCUUGGCCCAGCAUCAGCGCAAACUCACAGAGAUGGAGCAGGAGAAGGUCAAGGAGAUUGACAGGCUCCGGGAGCUUCAGCGGACGUCCAUCCUGCACAUGCAUAAGGACCACGAAGAACAACUGCAACGGUUAAAACGACUGAAGGAUCAGGAGAUCGACGCUGUGACCAGUGCCACCUCUUACACUAGGUCUUUGAAUGGCAUCAUUGAACAGAUGGAGCAAUUCUCUAGCAACCUGAAUGACCUCUCCAACAAAGUGGAGGCCACCCACCACACUACCUCACAAGGGCUUGAGAUUGGCGUCCGCCAAAGAGAGGAACAACACCGGGUGCUGCGAGAUCGUCUGGCCCGUCAACAGAGAGACAUGGAAGAAGAGCGAGGCCGGCUGCAAGAGGUCAUCUCUAAAAUGGAGGCCCGGCUGAACGAGCAGACCCGCCUCCUUGAGCAGGAACGCUGGAGAGUGACAGCAGAGCAGUCUAAAGUAGGAGCUGUACAGCACUCGCUAGAAGAACAAAGAAGGGUCAUUACUCAGCAGCUGGCCAUGGAAAGGGAAGAGCUGGAGAGGGCUAAGAAUGCUUUGCUAGGGGAGCAGAAGUCAGUUAUGCAGAAAUGCGCGGAAGAGCGUCACAGACUUGCUGUGGAAUGGUCAGAGCUCCACACGCAGCAGAGGCUAAGCAAGGAGCGCGCUGAGCGGGAGGUGGACCGAGCUCUUCAAAUUGACUCCCAGAGAGAAGGCACCAUCAUGAGCUUUGCAAAGGAGCAAGCGGACCUGAAAAUUAAAGCCAGUGAACUGAACUCCAAGGAGGAGCAGCUGACUAGAGAGCGGGAGAUUCUCGAGCAAGAGAAGCAGCAGCUGAGAUUGGAAAAGGAAAGAGUAAAUGCCGCAGCUUUGAACAUCAAACAGAGGGCAGAUGAAGUGGACAGUAUGAGUAAGCUGUCCUCGCAGAGGUAUGAGGAGGGAGAACGAGCCCUCCUGGAGGCACGGAAGGUGGAGUCGGAGCACCAUGCAAGGCUGCGUGCCGUGCAGCAGGAGAUGGAACGACUGAGGCAGCAGGAAGAAUAUUUGCACCAGGAGCGCCUAAGUUUGUCAUGCCAGAGGAGGCAGCUUGAACAGCUGCGGGACAGCCUUCCAAGCAAUCCACCGCUGUUCCAGACCGCACCCCAGAUGCCAUUACCAGGCACGCAGGCCAAUGUAAUAUCCAAUGUGCAAUAUUUGCCAAUUCGUACUACUGAAUUACCUAAAGUUGACCUAGGCAACUCCAGAGUCUCCCAAGAUCUCCCGAGAACAGGACCACCAGACCUCUAUGCCAAACUGGUGCUGCAUAAGCUUACAGCUGACAGAGACAAUGAUUUCUUGGAAGAGGAGCAAAUCUUCUUGGAAACCCUGAAGAAAGCUUCCUACAGGACUUCGUCCCAAAUAGCAUGAUGACAACUGAUGAGCCC